AUGGCCAGCCCGGCCCCAACGUCAAGUACAACCCCAAAAGCCCGCCGUCUGAUGAGUUCGAAUUUCCUCUCCCGAUGGAGUUUAUCGGUAUCUUCGGCCACACGUCUCCAUAAAUGGAAGAAGAAAGUUCUUGAUAUCCGAGCUCUGACAUCCCGCCAAUGA